AUGGCAGCUACUUCCGCGGUGCAGAACAUUUGUGCUCACACUGGGAUCAUCAGUAGCGGGUGGUCAGGUGGCGGCGGUGGGUGGUCAGGCGGCGGUGGUGGCUGGUCAGGUGGCGGCGGUGGCUGGUCCGGCGGAGGUGGUGGCUGGUCCGGUGGCGGCGGCGGAGGCGGUGGUGGAAAAAUCAUCAAGGUGAUCACCGUGAGCGGUGGUGGCGGUGGAUGGCCUAGCGGCGGAGUGUUCGCAGGUGCAGUCGCGGCGGUGACAUCCGCGGGCGGUCACGGGUUCGACGCACAUUUACGGGGACCCAGUUUCGUCAUCGAGCCACCGUCGAGGGUGGAAUUUUCAAAUUCGAGCGGAGCCUGGCUGGACUGUACGGCAACGGGAAGUCCACCGCCCAACAUCGAUUGGUCGACCGCGGACGGACAUCCGGUGAACGACGUAUCGGGAGUUCGAAGGGUGCUCAGGAAUGGCACGUUGGUCCUUUUGCCGUUUCCGGCGGCAGCCUUCCGACAGGAUGUGCACAGCGCUGCCUAUAGAUGCGUCGCGAGCAAUUCUGUUGGCAGGGUGCUCAGUCGUGAUGUACAGGUCAGGGCAGUGGUGGCUCAGGCGUAUAAAGUCGACGUGGAAGUGAUCGGGGGUGCUUCAAGGGGAUGCACCGCAGUGUUACGAUGCGUCGUUCCUAGCUUCGUGAAGGAUUUGGUGCGAGUUGUGUCCUGGUUACAGGAACCAUCCUUUUACAUCUACCCCUCGCUACAAGGAGAUGGAAAAUUUCACCUGCUGCCUACGGGCGAGUUGUUGGUGCACAGUCUAGAGUUCAGCGAUCAGAUACACGGCUACAGAUGUCGAACGAUGCAUCGUCUCACCAGACAGGUGGUCGUCAGUUCCAUGGCGAACGUCAGGAUAGCAGAUCACAGAGGGGUGAUGCCUCCGGUGAUUCUUGAAAACUCCGGGGUCGUUCACGUCGCGCAAGAUGAAUCAACGUCGUUAGUCUGCGUGGCACAGGCCUGUCCUACUCCCGAAUAUCGAUGGUACGCACAAACAGGUUCAGAGCCGAUGCUAGUGCUUUCCGGACCAAGAACAAGAUUGCUAGGAACCGUGCUAGCCCUGGAAGCAGUAACACUAGAAGACAGCGGAAUUUAUCGUUGUUCUGCAGCGAAUCCCGGUGGCGAAGCCAGUGCUGAAAUUCGGCUGAUCGUGACAGCACCGUUGCACGUCGAAGUAACGCCGCCAUUGCUGAGCGUCCAUUUAGGAGGUAAUGCAGAAUUUAGAUGCGAGGUCAGCACACAUCCACAAGCUGGACCACACUUUGUUACCUGGUACAAGGAUGGACGCCAGCUGCCGGGCACUGGCAGACAAUCAGAAUUAUUGAGGUUAAACGGCAUCGGUAGAGAAGAUCGUGGAAUGUAUCAAUGUAUCGUCAGACGGGCGGAAGGAGACACUGCUCAAGCCUCUGCGGAACUUCAGCUGGGUGACGCGCCACCGAUGCUGCUGUACUCGUUCAUCGAGCAAACCUUGCAACCAGGUCCUGCGGUAUCCUUGAAGUGCUCCGCUGCUGGGAAUCCUACACCGCAAGUCUCCUGGGCGUUGGACGGAUUUCCUCUGCCAACUAACGGCAGGUUCGUAAUUGGUCAGUACGUGACGGUCCACGGCGAUGUCAUAUCCCACGUGAAUAUUAGCCAUGUGAUGGUGGAGGAUGGAGGAGAAUAUUCCUGCACCGCUGAAAAUCGAGCUGGGAAAGUCACUCACGCUGCUCGUCUCAACGUUUAUGGUCUUCCAUACAUUCGACUGAUUCCAAAGGUAACCGCCGUCGCGGGAGAGACCCUCCGUCUAAAAUGUCCAGUCGCAGGAUACCCCAUCGAGGAGAUAAAGUGGGAGCGGGCGAAUCGCGAGCUACCGGAUGACCUUCGUCAGAAAGUGCUUCCGGACGGCACCCUGGUGAUCAACAGCGUGCAGAAGAAGGGCGACGCAGGGGUGUACACGUGUUCGGCGAGGAACAAGCAAGGACACAGCGCGAGGAGAUCAGGAGACGUCGCAGUGAUCGUACCCCCUAUUAUUGAGCCAUUUACGUUCCAAGAGGGACUAUCCGAGGGGAUGCGGACGCGGACGGUGUGCGGGGUCGCGGCGGGUGAUCCACCCCUAACUAUAUCCUGGCUAAAAGACGGCCAAAGUCCUUUCCCAUUGCCGCCGAAUCUGGCCUCCGUCGCAAACGUCUCCCAACUGGAUCCUUACUCGAGCCUCCUCAGUAUAACGAACCUCGCGGCCGAGCACUCCGGCGACUAUACCUGCGUCGCCGCGAACCCCGCCGCCGAGGUCAGGUACACGGCCAAGCUACAGGUAAAAGUGCCGCCAAGAUGGAUCGUUGAGCCGACGGAUGUGAGCGUCGAAAGAAACAAACAUGUCGCCUUGCACUGUCAGGCUCAAGGCGUGCCUACUCCCACGAUUGUUUGGAAAAAAGCCACUGGAAGUAAAUCCGGUGAAUACGAGGAGUUGCGAGAAAGGGCAUACACCAAAAUCCUGAGUAACGGUACGUUAUUGUUACAACACGUGAAAGAAGACAGAGAAGGCUUCUAUCUCUGUCAAGCAAGUAACGGCAUUGGAAGCGGCAUCGGCAAAGUUGUACAGUUAAAAGUAAACUCAUCUCCAUAUUUCGCGGCACCCUCGAGACUGGUCACCGUAAAAAAAGGUGACACUGCGACGCUGCAUUGCGAGGUACACGGCGACACUCCCGUUACCGUCACUUGGCUGAAAGGCGGGAAAAUCGAGUUAAAUCCGUCGACGAACUAUCGGGUGACAGUAAAACGAGAAGUAACACCGGACGGUGUCAUAGCACAGUUACAAAUAUCAUCGGCGGAGGCGUCGGACAGCGGAGCGUAUUUUUGUCAGGCGAGUAAUCUGUACGGUCGAGAUCAACAGCUGGUGCAACUCCUCGUACAAGAACCACCUCAGCCACCGAAUUCCCUGGAAACUGCCAUGGUUGCCAGUCGAAGCAUCAACGUUAAGUGGCAACACAAAUCCCAAGACACCAGCGAGGUUACCAAAUACAUUCUUCAGUACAAAGAAGGCGAUGGCGGUAUGUGGCAGCAACAAGAAUUUACUGGUCCACCAUUACCAUAUGCUGCCCUGAUAGACGAACUGAAACCAGCGACCAGAUACACGAUCCGCGUGAUCGCGGAAGGACCAGCUGGCCGAUCGGUACCAUCGGCCGAACUGAUUGUCCGAACCGAACCACAAAGACCUGCUGGACCUCCGAUUAAUCUUGCAGCCAGGGCUCUGUCCUCCUCUGAAAUUUUAAUCACUUGGUCGCCACCGUUGCCUGAACUCCGACACGGUGACAUCCAGGGAUUCAACGUCGGCUAUAGAGAAACGAGUUCCGCAAAUCCCUCGUACAACUUUAGCUCCGUGUCCGGGGACGGAGAAGAAGGGGGCGCAGAACUUCGACUAACAGGUCUUCGACCCUACACAAAGUACACUUUGGUGGUUCAGGCGUAUAAUCAAGUUGGAUCUGGACCACUUUCAGAGCCUUUGCUUACACAGACGCUCGAAGACGUUCCCAGCAUGCCACCGGAGGACGUCAGAUGCGCUGCAUUGACAUCGCAGUCUCUUCAGGUGUCUUGGCAACCGCCUCCUAAUACGCACAGUAACGGCAUCAUUCAGGGAUAUAAAUUGCAUUAUGAACCUAUCUUGGCUGACAUUUGGCGUAGUGUUGAUGAAAUGGAAGUACGAAAGACUAGUGCGUUGACUACUGUGCUGACGGGGCUGAGGAAGUAUACGAAUUAUACUAUUCAAGUGUUAGCGUUCACAAGGGUUGGUGAUGGGGUGCCUACUACUGUCACUUACUGUCAGACUGAAGAGGAUGUGCCAGGAAGUCCAGCAGACAUCAAAGUGGUGGUCAGUUCCCCACAAGCCCUCUUCAUCUCCUGGCUCCCACCCCUCGAGCCGAACGGAAUAAUUACGAAAUACAACCUCUACACAAGGGUCGUAGAUGGGCGGGAGGAGCUCAAUCACGGUAAAAGAACACUGCCAGCCACGAACACGUAUUUCGAGGCCACCGAUUUGCAACAACACGUAGAAUAUCAGUUUUGGGUGACCGGUAGCACCCGAGUAGGCGAAGGUCAGAGUUCCAGGGUGGCUGCACAGGUACCCACUAAUCGGGUACCAGCGAGAAUCACCUCGUUCGGAGGUCACGUAGUGAGACCUUGGAGAGGAUCUGCUACUUUAGCUUGCAACGCGGUUGGUGACCCUACCAGGGAGUGGUACAAAGGUGCAGCCGAACAAAUUCGCACGGACACCACCAGAAAUAUACAGAUCUUACCGUCGGGAGAACUUGUGUUAUCUAAUUUGCAAUCGCAAGAUGGCGGUAACUACACUUGUCAGGUGGAGAACGCGCAAGGGAGCGACAAGCUGCAUUACACUUUAACCGUGCAGGUACCACCGAAUGCGCCUGUUCUUUACGUAACGAGUUCCACGUCCAGCAGUAUUUUACUGCACUGGAAACCUGGACAUUCUGGAGGUGCUCCGCUCACUGGGUACACGCUGCAUUAUAGAACCACCCAUGGCAAUCUGGACGAACUACAGUUGUCUCGUCACGCAACGAGCCAUGAGUUAAAGGGAUUACUAUGUGGAAACACGUAUCAGUUAUACCUGACGUCUCACAACAAAAUCGGGAGCAGUCCAUCAUCUCCCGUCCUUUCGGUCCGAACUCAAGGUCAGGCUCCAGGAAUACCUCCCGCAGCCGCUUUCCUCAGUCCAAACUCCACCACGCUUGUCCUCCGACUCCACGUAUGGCCCGACAACGGUUGUCCCAUCCUCUACUUCGUCAUCCAAUACAGACCCAUCAACGAGUUCCACUGGACGCUGGUAUCAAACAGCGUCAAAAUGCAGCGACGGUUCGUCGUGACGAACUUGCAACCCAGCUCCGUUUAUCAGCUGAAGGUCGAGGCUCAUAACGUGGCUGGUAGCAACCAGGCGGAGUUCACGUUCGUAACGUUGACGAAGGAAGGCGAACCGCCGCCCCCAGAACUGUCGAAACGCGGGAUCACGUCGGCCGUGCCGUUUUACGCGGACGUGAAGGUGAUGCUGCCUCUGAUCGCGGCCACCAUUGCUUUACUCGUCGCUGUGGUGAUCGUGGCUCUUCGUUGGCGAAGCAGAUAUUUAGGAGAGAGAAUGCAACGUCCCAUGAAAGAGACUCAGGAGAAUCAACAGAAUGCAGAAACCCAAAGGGAACGUUACUACGCGACGAUACACAAGGUGGCGUUGCAACAGGCAGCGAAUACGGGCGCAGGGCCCGACAAGAUUCCAGGUGAACCUUUGUUACGAUACGGACGACAGCCAGAGACAGCGGAGGACAUCUCGCCGUACGCUACGUUCCAGCUUUCGGAGGGUGGCGGGGGAAGCCUGGCAGGGUUGGGAGGGCUGGGAGGACUGGGAAGCGCGGCGGAAGCUUCAGCGGCCGGUCUCCACCCGAACAAUACGCUUCUACACAGUUUCAUGUAUCACGAGCACGCGAUGACCGAAGGCUGCGCAAGCCCUCCACCUGCCGCGACGAGCAUGAAGAGCGUCUCUUCGAGGAGACGGCAGCAGAGAAAGCAACAAACUCCGGGCGACGUCGAGAGCGACGAGAGCGAGUCUGACCCGGAUCAACUGACGAGCUCUCGCACGGAGUCUUCCAACCAGCUGGACGCUGGCAAACUCAAACACAUUCGAGCCGUUUCAGACUUCAUUUACCACGGUACGUCGAGCACUUCUUCAGACAUCUCACCCAUGUCAGAGCAGAAGUCUCUUCCUCGAAGAGGACGAUCUAGAUGGCAUGUUCCCAGCAGGAGCUCCCUACGUACGCUGCUGCCACCGAUCUCGGUCGCGGAGACGACGUUCGUAGGAGGUAAUCAGGGGAACGUAGUUCCGGGGAACGGCGACCGUACCGACCGGCCGGAGCUCAGCGAGGCAGAGUGCGACAUCGACUCCUUGAAGAAGCUGAAACUAGGCCUGAGGAGCUCGCUAUGGUCAAGGCCGAGCACCCAAAAUAAUCCUUCCUCCGACUAUUCCAUCGCCGUUUAAUUCGUUCUUUAUCUUCUGUCCCGUGUGCCUCCUCCGUUUCCCGUGUGUCCACGGUAGGCCAAGUAUCUUCUUCCUUCCCGUUUCUUCCCCAUGGUCCAAAACAGUUUAGGUAAACGAAUCCUUCUAUCUGGUGUCCCGUCGACGCUAUCGACGCGGUUAGAUAAAAGACAGAAAGACAGGACGCGUGUCCGCUUCCCUCUUUUCUCUCUGUCGAUUAUAGAUGAAAAUUAAAGAAUUAUAUUCGUUGCUAGGGAUCGGCAGGUGACUCGGAUCGUGGAUCACGGAGAGAGAUCG